AGAUGGAAGUAAUGGACACAUUUAGAAGUAACUUCAGGAAUAUUUCAGGAAACUCUCUGGUGUAUGGAGCCGUAGGAAAAGUGACUCAGACUCCGUUCGUGAAAAUAAAGAGGAUGAAUCUAAAAGGAAGAACAGUAGUGGUGAUCUGACUCAGCAAGAAUGCCAAAUAUCACUUGAGAACAGGUCACAAGAGUACAAGAAGGAAGCUAUCUGUUCACUAGCUUCUUAUGUAAAGAGUGCAGCACUUAAAUUACAGCAAGAAAAGUCUCAGCUUAGGAGGGUACAUUAUGAACUUCAAAAUAUCGAGGAAAUUUGUAAACAGCUGGUCCAGUUCAUUGUCGAAGACAGAGGGGCUCAUUGGAGAGAUUAUGAGGCAUUAUUCUUGCUAUUCAUGGUAAUGGUUAAACCACUGUUCCACCGAGUUUUGCAAUAUGAAGAAUGCUCAGUUAUGAUCAAAGCAAUUAAAAAAUUGAAAGAAUAUAUCGAUGAAAUAAUGCUGCAUGCCAAGCGCAUUAUAGGAUUUUUUUCAAAGGGAGAACAUGAAACAUUGGAAUUUUUUAUGAAGACUAGCAAGGAAUGGCUGUGCUACUUUGAUGGUGAAGAUAAGUCAUCAAAAACAUGUGACCAGUACCUCCCAGAUGAUGAGGAUAUACAUUUGAAAUAUAGUUACUUAAAUCGAAGACGCGGAAAAGAUCAAACAGAUGAUACUAAAGAAAAAUUUUUGGUGAGAAAUAAAGAUGAAAGAAAACACAACAAUAUUGAAGAUGGUCAUACAAGUAACCACAGUCACGUAAAACUUGAAGAGUACCCUUUUAAGCAUAUUAUUCCAUAUUUUAUGAAGACAGAACACCCUCCAGACCCAAAAGGCCAAUUCAUGAAGUUUUAUCAUGAGACAAAAGCCUACAGUGAGACCUCGCAAAAGCUAUAUAUGCUUCAGACAUUGAUGAUUUAUAUAGUUGACACACAGAAGAAAGUAAUGAAAGAUGAAGCUCGAAUAUUCCAAUUACGUGAUGACUUUGAAAAUAUUGAAGAAGCCCUGAUUCAGGUGAUAGAUUUCAUCUGCAAAGAUAAAGGAUCCAGUACCACGCACAUUUAUGAGAACAAGUUGUUGGAAAUUAAGAAGGUGACACAACCUAUGUACUGCCAUGUUGUUCAACAAGAGGAAUGGCCUAAGAUGAUGAGACUGAUGAGAAUAAUGAAAUCACUGUGUUAUAGAUUGGUGUUUCGUAUUCAACAAUGGCACUUUCUCAACAUAUUUUCACAAGAGAUGAUUGCAAGAAUGAAAAUACAUCUGGAUGAUGUAUCGGAUUGGAUGGUAGAUGUAAGCAACAAGAUCAGUGCAUUUGAGACAUGUGAACGCAUUGAAGAAUCACAAAGAUUGAACAAUUUACUCCCGAACCAUGAGGCCCUAUAUUCAAGAAUUAUCAGAAGAAUACAGAAACUCAAGGAUAACGAAAAUGAUGACCUAGAUGUCUGGAUGAGCUGCCUCUAUCAUCGUGACCUCGGCUUUACCAGGCCAGUCAUUGAUGUGGUCCCAAAUGCUAAUGAAUUGAGCAGUGAUGAUGAUUCAAGCUGUGAGGGUAUGACUGGUUGGUGGAGGUCAGCGGAAGUUGGUGUCACCUCAGAGAUGACAUCAGCUAGUGUGGACAGUCACACCAUCAAUGCUUCACACUGCUGUUCUCAUCCAGUUUCAAUUGGUGACCUGCGAGCAUUGGAUCCUUCAGUAACAGGCAAUAAAGAAACUGGAGCUGAUAAAAAGAACACAGGGCAGGGAGAUACAUUUGUCACCGAGAAGAUGGAAGCAAAACCUUCAGAGAACUCUGUCAGCAAUAUUGUUCUGGAGAUUGUUAAGUCAGAAAAAUGUCAUAUGCCAUUAGACAUGACAGUAAUAAUGUGGCUCUGUGCCCUGUUUUACUUUUGGAAACAUUUAUCAGGACUUGAUUAAGAUACAAUUUUGCAGCGAGAAGGAAUUCAAAACAUCAUUCUAGAUAUGCUGGAGAAAGAGAUGAGCAGCACUUACGAGCCCGCAACGAACUUCCCAGACCAUUGCCUGUGUGGAGUGGGAGGCAAAAAAUCUUCAUCAAGUAGCUUUGUGUAAUCACAUUCCAAAUUUGAGUGAACCUUACUGUCAACUUAUUCAAGAAGAUUUUGUUUU